AGCAGUGUUUCUGUGAGUGGACCUGAAGAGAGUCUGUGAGUGGACCUGAAGAGAGUCUGUGAGUGGACCUGAAGAGCGUUCAGCAGCCAAGAGCAAACAACACAUUCUGCUGGACCUGGACCUGGACCUGGACCUGGACAGGGAUCUGAAGAAGGACAUGGACCUGGAUCUGAACUGGAAACCUGGUCCUGAACCUGGUCCUGAACUUGAACCUGGUCCUGAACCGGAACCUGGUCCUGAACCUGGUCCUGAACCGGAACCUGGUCCUGAACCUGUGUCCAGUAACCAGCUUACUGCCGGAGACCAGAACCAGGGAGAACAGAUGGAGACACCUAGAGAAGUCCUAUUACAAACUUUAGAAGAUUUGGAGGAAAAGGACUUAAAAAAAUUCAAGUGGUGCCUGGAGAAGAAGGUCCUAAAAUUCCCAGGAAUCCCAAAGAGUCGACUACAGAAAGCAGCAGACCAGAUGGACACAGUGGAUCUGAUGCUUCCGUACUACGGCAUACACACCAUUAAAGUGACCAGAGAAGUUUUGAAGAUGAUCCCGAGGAAUGAUCUAGAAGAGGAAUUAUCAAAAUUCCCAUCAGACCCUGAAGAUAUUCUCACUAAGUGCCAAGGUGAACUCAAAUCAAACCUGAAGGAAACAUAUGAAAAUAUCACAUUUAUGGACAAAUCUGAAUCCCUACAUAAAAUCUACACGGAGAUCUACAUCACCAGGGGACACACCACAGAGGUCAACAAGGAACAUGAGAUCAGACAGAUCGAACAAGCAUCCAGUAAACCAGACAGAUCAGAAACAACCAUCAGACAAGAAGACCUCUUUAAAGGCUCAACUGAAAGAGGUAAACCAAUCAGAGCAGUGAUGACAAAGGGAGUGGCUGGCAUUGGGAAAACAGUCUUAACACAGAAGUUCACUCUGGACUGGGCUGAAGGCAAAGCCCACCAGGACAUCCAGUUCAUAUUUCCAUUCACCUUCAGAGAGCUGAAUGUGGUGAGUGAUGAAAAGUACAACUUGGUGGAACUUGUUCAUCACUUCUUCGCUGAAACCAGAGACGCAGGAAUCUGCAGGUUUGAUCAGUUCCAGGUUGUGUUCAUCUUUGACGGUCUGGAUGAGUGUCGACUUCCUCUGGACUUCCACAACACUAAGGUCCUGACUGAUGUCACAGAGUCCACCUCAGUGGAUCGGCUGCUGACAAACCUCAUCAGGGGGAAGCUACUUCCCUCUGCUCACCUCUGGAUAACCACACGACCUGCAGCAGCCAAUCAGAUCACUGAGUUUGUGGACAUGGUGACAGAGGUCCGAGGGUUCACUGACCCACAGAAGGAGGAGUACUUCAGGAAGAGAUUCAGAGAUCAGGAGCAGGCCGGCACCAUCAUCUCCCACAUCAAGACCUCACGAAGCCUCCACAUCAUGUGCCACAUCCCAGUCUUCUGCUGGAUCUCUGCUUCAGUUCUGGAGGACAUGUUGAAAACUGAGGGAGGAGAGCUGCCCAAGACCCUGACUGAGAUGUACAUCCACUUCCUGGUGAUUCAGUCCAAAGUGAACGUCAAGUAUGAUGGAGGAGCUGAGACAGAUCCACACUGGAGUCCAGAGAGCAGGAAGAUGAUGAUGGAGUCUCUGGGGAAACUGGCUUUUGAGCAGCUGCAGAAAGGCAACCUGAUCUUCUAUGAGUCCGACCUGAGAGAGUGUGGCAUCGAUAUCAAAGCAGCCUCAGUGUACUCAGGAGUGUUCACACAGGUCUUUAAAGAGGUGAGAGGAACGUACAAGAACACAGUGUUCUGCUUCGUCCAUCUGAGCGUUCAGGAGUUUCUGGCUGCUCUUCAUGUCCAUCUGACCUUCAUCAACUCUGGAGUCAACCUGAUGGCCCCCUGGUGGUCUAAAGUCUUCAGACAAAAACCUAAACAUCUCUACCAGAAUGCUGUGCACAAGGCCUUACAGAGUCCAAACGGACACCUGGACUUGUUCCUCCGCUUCCUCCUGGGUCUUUCACUGAAGACCAAUCAGACCUUAUUACACGACCUGCUGACACAGGCAGUAAGUGGCUCACAGACUAACCAGGAAACAGUUGAAUACAUCAAGAAAAAUAUAAGAAAGCACCCGUCUCCGGAGAAAAGCAUCAACCUGUUCCACUGUCUGAAUGAACUGAAUGAUCGUUCUCUAGUGGAGGAGAUCCAACGGUACCUGAGUUCAGGCUGUCUCUCCACAGAUAAACUGUCUCCUGCUCAGUGGUCAGCUCUGGUCUUCAUCUUACUGUCAUCAGAAGAAGAUCUGGACGUGUUUGACCUGAAGAAAUACUCUGCUUCAGAGGAGGCUCUUCUGAGGCUGCUGCCAGUGGUCAAAGCCUCCAGGAAAGCUCUGCUGACUGGCUGCAACCUGUCAGAGAGAAGCUGUGAAGCUCUGUCCUCAGUCCUCAGCUCCCAGUCCUCUAGUCUGAGAGAUCUGGACCUGAGUAACAACGACCUGCCGGAUUCAGGAGUGAAGCUGCUGUCUGGUGGACUGGAGGGUCAACACUGUACUCUGGAGACUCUCAGUCUGUCAGGCUGUCUGGUCACAGAGGAAGGCUGUGUUUCUCUGGCUUCAGCUCUGAGAUCCAACCCCUCCCAUCUGAGAGAGCUGGACCUGAGCUACAAUCAUCCAGGAGACUCAGGAGAGAAGCUGCUGUCUGCUGGACGGGAGGAUCCACUCUGGAGACUGGACACUCUCAGGCUGGACCAUGGUGGAGAGCAGAGGUUCAGAGCAGGUCUGAGGAAGUAUUCCUGUGAACUCACCCUGGACUCAAACACAGUGAACAGACAACUCAAACUGUCUGAGGACAACAGGAAGGUGACACGUGUGAGAGAGAGGCAGCCAUAUCCUGAUCAUCCAGAGAGGUUUGACUCCUUCUGGCCUCAGCUGAUGUGCAGAGAAGCUCUGACUGGUCGCUGUUACUGGGAGGUCGAGUGGAGAGGAGAUGUUACUAUAGCAGUGACUUACAGAGGAAUCAGCAGGAAAGGAGGCAUAGUGGACUGUGUGUUUGGAUACACUGAUCAUUCCUGGAGUCUGAGAUGCUAUGAUAGAGGUUACUCUGUCAUGCACAAUAAGAGAGGAACAAACAUCUCCUCCUCCUCCUCCUCCUCCUCCUCCUCCUCUGGUAGAGUAGCAGUGUAUCUGGAUCAUCCUGCUGGCUCUCUCUCCUUCUACAGAGUCUCUUCCUCCUCACUGAUCCUCCUCCACACCUUCAGAGUCACAUUCACUGAACCUCUCUACGCUGGGUUUGGGUUAGAUGAAGGUUCCUCCUCAGACUCCUCAGUGUCUCUGUGUCCUCUGUGUCCUCUGUAGGAGGAGUCCACUUCCUGUCCUGGGUCACAUGUUGGUGUUUUAAAUGGAGGCUUCUCAUUGGUUACCGUGUGUCUCACUGAUUGUGUCUGUAAUAAAGUUUUCUUGAAGCAACAUAUUAAAGCUGAUCCUGAAGACUGUAGUGAUCGAUACGUUCAAUAAAGAUUUAGAACAAG